CCCAAAUCCAUGGUAACCCUAAUUUAGAUUUGGUUCAUGUCGGUCAAUGUGAUCCACACCUGGUGGACCCAUAAAAGACCGACCCGCUCUUUCGAUUUUCGAGAGUGAUCGUGGCGGUAACACAGGUACUUUAAAAAAUUCUCUAAUUUGGUCGCUUUUGCUGUCUUCUUGAAAGGUGGUUUCUCAAAUUUCACUUUCAAAACCCUAACAAUUGAUUUCUUUGCUAAGUAAUUGCGACGAGCGAGAUGUAAAUCUUGAAUUUGAUUUGAAUUUGGAUUAGCUUUUGGUGGAUUUUAGGGUUUAUUAUUGUCUUUUCUUCACUUUCUUUUGUCUCAACCGGAAAACUAAGUUUUUGGUGAAUUCAAAUCCCCACUUUCAGUCUCUGGGUAACCCAGUGCUCGCUUUAUCAUCAAUCAAAGUUUACACAUUUUCUCAUGGUUGCUUUGGCUUUGAAUUUGCUUAUUAGAAAACGUUUCUGGGCAUCUUUUAUUUUCCCCUAAUUGCAUCUGGCUUUAUGCCUCUGCCUCUGCAUUUUCCAAUUUCCUUUUAUUUGCUGUUUUCGCAUCUGGGUUUUGCUUACUUAUUUUUCUUGCCCUGAAAAUUAACAAUGAGUAUCACUCAGUUUCUUCUUUUUCAAAGUUGAUAAAUGGUAUCUCUCUGUUUCUUCUUUCAAGGUAGUUAGCCUAAAUUUGUAGGGUACCUAUCAGAUGAUGGAUGACCAAGGCAGAGAGGGAAAGAAACUUGUCGAACAUUGCCUUGAUUAUGAACCCAAACAAGUUGAGGGACCUGCCAAGUGGCCCAAGUCAAUGCCUAAGAGUUCAAGAUCUUCAAGUUGAGAAGUUUGAGGUUUCCGUAUAAGGAAGCUAAGUGAGCGCUUGUCUGAUAUUCCUUUUGUUUGGCUAUGGACUAUAAAGAAUGUUGUACUUCUUCGGCUUAUAAUCUAAUUAAAAUCUGGAAGAUGUUUUCUCGCUUUUGGAUAUUUAAGUUCUCUUCAAGAAUUUUUUUGGCGGGAGACACCCUUUAUGGAUGUAAGGCAACCAUGGGAGUGUUGACUGAAAAGGCGAAUUAAAGACUAGUUCUAUUGGGCAGAGCUAUAGCAUAUGGAAAAUUAGGUGUUUAGAUGAAAAUACCGUUUCUCUUUUCUUGUUUGAUGAUUGUAAGGAGCAGGCUGGAACAGUUUUUGCAUUGUUCAGUUGCAACGUAUGCAAAGACACCAAGAGAUUGGGAUUUUCGUUGAGUAUCAGUGCACCCACCCAAAUUCUAAAGAUUGGUUCUUCAUCUGACUAUGGCGUUUACAAGGGUAAAAGAAAAGAUGGAAUGGCUUGCACGCUUGUCAUAAGCAAGAACCUGAGAACAGCAUUUAGAAAUCCUCUUAGAUCAGAUGGAAUAUAUAUGGUUGAUCCUCUCCCUGACAGAACAAACUUGAAAAAGCUCACAAAGCCAGUCAAACUGGUGUCUGUGGAAGCACUCAAACAGGCAGUAAGGAAAUUGUCUACUCUGAAACUAAGAUGCAACUCUAAAAGAAACAAACAGUUGGAUUCAAAAAGAAGGAAAAGAGCAGGGGCAAACUUUGGAAGACAAUUGGAAUCAGCCUUGGAAACUAUAUCACGAACAAAAGAAUGAUUAUUAUUAUUAUUAUUAUUAUUAUUAUCUGAAUGAAAUUUGAUUGCAGGGUUGAUUGGUAGGAGCAAACAAGUAGGGGACAAGGCAUCUCAGGACAUUGCCUGCCAGAUACACGGAUGUUGAAUUGAAAGAAACUUGUAGGAAGUUGGUUGUCAUAGCACAUGGAGUUGGUGGUAACCGGCCCCCAUGUGCUUUGAGAAAUUUAAUGUUUCUUUUAGCUAGGUUUAAUUGUCUCUAGGUUUUGUCUUGUUAGGAAAUAAUAAUAAUAAUAAUACAAAAAUAUUGAGGUCAAGACAAAGCGUUUGGUGAUUGGUAAUAAAUUGAUAAUGACUUGUCCAAGCAGCAGCUAAGCAAUGAAAACUAAUUUGCUUCCAACACUAAAGCAAUUGCCAAAAACACUGAAUAAUGAUGAUGUACCUUUGUUGGAAUGUCCUAGUUGAUGAUAUAAAUCAAAACUCAGCACUGUUGCACAACAUAAGAAUGUCAUCACAAUUCUAGGUACAACUAUAUAUUAUGCCUUUUGUCUACUUGUAAUUACAAAUAUGUCAUAGGCAGUUUGAGUUUUCUUAC